AUGACCAAGUCGGAGGUGCCGGCGCUGCUCAAGACGCGCUCCAAGGACCCGCUCGAGAGCUCCUGGCGCAAGCACAUGAGCGAUGGGCAGUGGGUGCCGGACGUCUCCGUGGACACCUGCAUGCUCUGCCGCACUGAGUUCGGCUUCUGGAUCCGCCGCCACCACUGCCGACGCUGCGGGGCCGUGGAGAUCACCCCGAACAAGCUGGCGGACGAAGACUGCCGCGUGUGUGACGCAUGCAUCAGGGUGAUCGACGAGAAGCUGGCGCUCGGCGUGAGUCGGCGCUUCGGCAAGGGCGUGGCGGCUGCACUAGCCAGCGAGAGCGACAACCAGCAGGAACAUGCGGCGGCGGCUGCAGCGCCAAUGGAGCCGGACAAAGGCGGCAACCGCACGGUGAUGACCAUGGGCAGAUACAGAGCGGAGAUCAAAGAGUCGGAAGGCAACCGGUACAUUCGCGACACUGACCUCGGCUGCCGCCGAGUCGCGUGGACGGAAGCCGCAGCAACAGCAGAACGCCGCACCAAGCCCUCGGCCUACUUCACAAGCAGGGAGCGAGGAUCCUCCUGUGUGGCCAUGGAGGACGACGCGCGCGAGCCGAUUGAGGCGCUGGGGCCGCUCGACGUCUCGGUGACCGCCGCGCUGGAUACUGAGGCGCUGCUCGCCCACGACGAGACAAGCGCCGCUGCUACUGGAGACGAGGAGUUGACGGACGACAACGAGUCAAUCGAUGGGACGGAGUCCGUCACGUCGCGCCUCGUCAUCUCCACGUCGGGCCGCAUCCCAGGCUCCAAGUUGCGCACGCCCAGCAAGAUCUCGCGCAUCCAGACGCCCGGGAGAAGGUCUGCCACGUCCGCGGCCUCGCCCACCACCAAACAGCGCGCCGCGACCCUCUCCUCGACCGGAGGACGGCUCGGAAUGGCCGCCAGGACCACGCCGCGCGCCCUGGAGAAGAAGGUGCAGCGCGUGGGCAUGAGCAGCGACUUCGGCCCGCGGGCGGCCGAGGACUCGACGCCCAAGCGCCAGUCGGCGCUCGAGGCCCGCCGCGCGUACUCGGCGUCCAUCAAGGCGCGCAUGCACGGCGCGUCUUCUUUCACUGCUGCCGACGGAAGCAGCGGCGGCCUCAAGCGGACCAACAGCAACAGCAGCAUGAGCAGCAUCGCCAGCAGUGUCAACAGCGUGUCGUCGCUGUCCAAGCCGCGCAGCAGGACGUCGGCUAGCGCGGCGGCGGAGAGGAGGAAGACGCUGCACGACUUGGUGGAGAGCAACAAGGAGAACCGACGCAGCAGUCUGGGCUCGCAGUCGUCGUGCUCGUCCAUCUCGUCGUCCGCGACCUCGGCGUCCUUUGUGUCGGCGGCGUCGUCUAGGAUGGGCUCGUCCAGGUUGGGAGCCACGCCCACGCGCAAGAGCACUCGGGCCAGCUCUGUUACAUCGUCGUCGUCAUCGGCGCGCCAUAAGCCAACGUCCGCUGCCCCCAAGGUGUGGCCGGCGUCAGCUCCGUCCAUGUCGAUACUGCCAGAGGACUUCACGUUGAACGAGGAGUCGGUGAUGGCUCUGAGGGAGGACCAUGAAAUGGCGGAGAAAGGGGUCCAGGAACUGCUGGAGUAUGUGUCGACGAAUUCUACGAGCUCAGUGGCCACCGCGGCCAAUAUGAAAGCUCGUCUUGAGGAGGUGAAGCUGCUCAAGGCUGGGUUAAGGAGGCUGAGCUCUCACAGUGAAGGGCUGAUGCGGUGCUGCGAGGCGUUUGAGAGGAGGACAUUGGAGCAGAACGAGUACGUCGACGAAUCCGCCGCGGAGAUUGAACGACUGACACAAUUAUUGAACUCGGAGCCGAGCAAGCACACCGAUCACUCCAAGGGAUUACUACCAGAGCUCGACCUCGAGGACUUCCACAGUGACGGCCCUUUGUCUCGAUCACCCCAUCCGACCUCGGACUCGGAGACUGCGUCAACUACUUCGUCGCAGAACAUCUUCCCGAGAAUGUCGAGUGAAGAAGCUGAUCGCCAGCGCCAAGAGAUCCAGCAGGCGAUGCAGGAAGACUCGCCGCUGUCCGCAUUCGUGCGCAAUAUCUUGAAGAAGGCAACGGACAAGAUUGAAGACAAGUGGAAAACCCGCUUCGCGGAGCAAUUGGCGGAGCACGAGCAGGCUUUGGCCCAGGAGCGUGAGCGCACGUCGGCGUCGGUGCUCUCCAGCUCGCGUCUUGUGACCGAGACUUUGCACGGCAAGGAUGACGAGCUGAAGGCCAUUCAGGAGCUGAACCUGAACCUGAACAUGCAGAAGCGUCAACUGGAGUUGGAUCUGGAUGCCGCUCGCUCCGAGCUUGAGUUCCUAAAGCAGCAACUGGAUGACGACGACGACGAGCGAUCAGCCAACGCUCACAGCUUCUGGGAGAAGACCACGGACUUGGCCAAGCAGAACCGCAAUCUGACUGAAGAGUUGACGCAAGCCAACAAGAACGUGACCCGUCUCAGCGAGACAAUCAAGAUGAUGAAGGCGAAGGCGUCGAGCUUGAAAACAGAAAACGGCGAUCGCGUGCGCGAGUCCAAGUCUAUGGUGGCGGAGAAGAACCUGCUGCAAGAUAAAUUGGCAUCUAUGGAGGCGAAGUUUGAGGACGAGAAGAACCGCCGUGAGCAGUUCCAAGUUAACGUGGAGCAGCUGACUGUCGAAAACACCGCGCUCUACGCGCAAAUGGUGGCGCUGCAGACGACUCACGAAGCUAAGAUGGAGGAGAUGCAGGCCCGCUACGAGAAGCGGAAUAUCUCGCUGGUCGGUGAGAUGAAGCUACUGCAGGACCAAAACCGGCUGAUGCGCAAAGCUGAGCCAACCAACCAACGUGAGGCGCGUGGAAGCAGUGGUUCAAUCGGCGGGUCUGGAUAUGGUAGCAGUAAGAGCGCAGGCUCUCCAUCGCGGGCAGAUGAUGAAGAAACGACCCAGCGUAUUCAGGAGUUGACUGACGACUUGCUCGCGGCGCGUCAGGAAAUUACAGAGCAGGCAGAUAUCAUUGCGGAGCUCGAGAUGAAGAUCGCUGAAGGUGAAGCAAUGCGUCGCAAGCUGCACAACACCAUCCAAGAGCUGCGCGGCAACAUUCGAGUGCACGUCAGACUGCGUCCAUUCCUGCGCUCUGACGGCGAGGAAGCGUUGGCCGAGAACCCACAGUCCGCCAUUAUGGUUGACACCUUCGCCUCCACCAUCACGACCAACGUGGGCAACCCGCACACUUUCGCAUUCGACAAGAUCUACGGACAAUCCGAUUCGCAGGAGUUCGUAUUCAAGGAUGUGUCGGACUUCAUUCAAUCGGCUAUGGACGGCUACAACGUCUGCAUCUUUGCGUACGGCCAAACGGGUUCCGGUAAGACGCACACGAUGCAAGGAAGCGGCAAGGCACAGAUGCGCGGCAUCAUCCCGCGGUCUAUUGAUCUCAUUAUCAACUGCUGCCAAGAGCUGACGCUCAUGGGGUGGAACUUCUCGCUGAUGGUGACGUUCUACGAGAUUUACAACGAGACCAUCCGCGACUUGCUGACUAUGGAUAGCAGCAAGGAUAUCAAGCACAACAUCCGCACGGACAGCCGUGGCCGGAACUACGUGGAGGGUCUGACCGAGGUCUACAUCGACUUCGACCAGGCAGCUGAGCAGGUGGAUGAGAUCGUGAACCUGGCAGCGUGCAACCGUUCCGUUGACCGCACGGACAUGAACGCGCACUCAUCUCGUAGUCACAGCAUCUUCGCGCUGAAGAUCCAGGGAUUCAACGAGGCACAAAACACAGAGGUCGAGGGAAGCCUGAGCCUUGUGGAUCUUGCCGGUAGUGAGCGGCUGAGCCGAUCGAAUGCCACGGGAGACCGACUGAAGGAGGCUCAAGCCAUCAACAAGAGUCUGAGCGCCCUAGCCGAUGUGUUCCAGGCUCUGGCGAAGAAGUCGCCUCACGUCCCGUACCGCAACAGCAAGCUCACGUACGCGCUGCAGCCCGCGCUGUCUGGCGACGGCAAGACGCUCAUGAUGGCCAACCUGUCGCCGACGUACAUGUCCCUGGACGAGUCGCUAUGCAGCAUGCGCUUCGCCCAGAAGGUGAGCCAGUGCGAGCUGGGUGCUCCCGUUCGCCAGAUCAAGUCGACGAGGCGCCAGUCGCUUGGCCCUGGGGACCUCUCUCGCAACAGCAUCAGAAGCUCACCUUCGCGUGAAUCUCGACGAAGCACGUUCACUCCGGGUCAGCUGAGGAAGCUGCUAUAA